GGAUUUCUUUCUUCAUUAGGCAGAAGAUCUCUUCUUUCCGCGGCCUAUGUGGACAGCUCCAAAUGGGAAAAGAGACUAAAAGAAGAGCAUAGCCUGGCUGAGUUAGCCCAUUUAAUGGACAGAACCUAUGACAGAAAGCUACCUGUCAGCUCUUUGACAAUAGCCCGGUUUGUUGACAACAUUACUUCACGAGAGGAAGUGGAUCAAGCUGAAUACUACCUUUACAAGUUUCGGCAUAGUCCAAAUUGCUGGUACUUGAGAGACUGGACCAUCCACAACUGGAUCAGACAGUGCUUAAAAUAUGGUGCACAAGACAAAGCCUUAUACACAUUAAAAAACAAAGUUCAGUAUGGAAUUUUUCCAGAUAAUUUUACAUUCAAUAUUUUGUUGGAUUGUUUUAUAAAGCAGAAGAAAUAUGAAGAUGCUAUGUCAAUAGUAACAGAGAUCAUGCUGCAAGAAAGUUUUGAUGAAUUAUCAACACAGCUUCUUUCUCUCUAUGUUUUGUACCAGUACCGGGCAACCAAGUCUGAAUGUACGUGGGAAGAGGAGAGAAAUCUUGGAGCAUCACUUGUGCUUACGGGUCUAAAGCAAAGUAACACUGUGGGGUUUAGCUCCCAGCUGUAUGGCUAUGCAUUCCUUGGGAAAGUGGAAUUGAAUAAAGGGCUAAGAGCUGUAUACAAUCUAAUGCCACUGAUGUGGACACCAGGAUACUUCAAUAGAGCCUUGCAAGUAAUGGAGAAUGUGGCUUCAUUGUCAGGGGACAGCAAAAUCUGCAAAGAAGCUAUUGACACCCUGGAGACCAUUUUGCAGUCUGUCCUUGAAAAUGCAGAAUCUGCUGAAGAAGUCAAGAAAUCUGAUGCAGAAGCUGCUGAAGUAAUGAAGAAAUUAGAGCAGUGUGCAGAAUCAGAUGAAACAGAGCGGUCUAAAGUACCUGAGUACUACAGUCGAUUUAAGGAGCUGUACUCCAAGCUGCGUUCACUUGGCAAGGUUGAAUCUGAAAGCCUGUUAACCCUGACCACCCAACUUGUCAAGGAAAAGCUGCCAGCAUGUGAAGUGGAAGACAUUGCAAAACAUGAGCAGAAGCUGAAGGAGUGGGAAGAAGAACAAGUAGGUCUCAUAGAGAGAGAAAGAGAGAUGAGAGAAAAGGCGAAGCAGGAGAUGGAAGCUAGGAAGCUAGCUGAAGCAUCUGCUUAG